AUGAUUUACACGAAAUCUCAGUCCGACUACGUCGAUUUCGACGCAAACUUCCAACCGCUUCCCAAGCUUGGCCACCUCUCACGGAAGCAUCCUGCCUACGAGGCUGCUGAAGAAGCCAUCGGCGCCGGCUUUUCACAACUCUAUUGCCUGCCAGACUUCGAAAGUUUUCGAAAUGCUGCUGGCGAUGUAGAUGCAACCAUUCCCCCCGGUGGACCCGAUCGGUAUCGAGACGUGACCACCCAGUUGAUGCACUUCGCAACUCGGGACGGGCACAUAGCGGAGCUCAAAGUUUACAAGUCGCCCAAUGUCGAGCCAAAUGCAGUUCUGAUGUAUCGCAUGCAUGGAGGUGCCUGGUGCGUGGGACGCCACGAAGUUGAUGGUGCUGAAAACGUUUACGCUGCUACGAACAAAAACAUAGUCGUCGUCAGCGUCGACUACCGAUUAGCACCUGAGAAUCCAUUCCCUCGUCCGCUUCACGACAGCUAUGAUGGUCUUUUAUGGUGUAAACAAAACGCAAAUCUCCUAGGAGUCAACCCUGAGAGAAUUAUCCUCAGCGGUAGCAGCGCAGGAGCCAACCUUGCUGCUGCCCUGGCUAUCGAGUGCAGAGACAACGGCGUCACCGGCGUGAUUGCUCAAGUCCUCCACUUCCCAGCGACCUGCCACCCUAAAUUCUUUCCGAAGCAUGAAUACGAAUUUGGCAGUUACAUUCAGAAUUAUGAAAAUCCGGUCCUCAAUACUCUGAGAUAUGAAGCAUGCCUCGAUAUAUACGUCCCACACGCCGUUCCCGAUCAUCGUCACUCGCCGCUGCUAGCAAAGUCAUUAAAGGGCUUACCACCAACUCUGAUACAAUGCGCAGGAGCCGACAUCCUGCGGGAUGAAGCCUUUGCCUAUGCAGAAGCUCUGCAGGCCUCGGGGGUGGAUGUCGAAAUCUAUAGUUACGAAGGCCUGCCGCACUGCUUUCCUGUGAUAUUGGACACGAUUUCUGAGACUUCUUACUUCUACGCAAGGUACCAAAAGUUUCUGGAGCAUUAUUCAAUAACUUCUAGUCUAGACCCAUAG